CGAUAGAUGACAAUGCUCCGAAUAAUCAGAAAUCGAGCUGCAUCAUCCUAAUUAAGAACGUUCUUCGACAAUUCCCUUGAUAUAUCAUCAGUUAUACAUUUUCGAAAACUUCUCGGAUAGAACCUCGACGUAUAGGCUUGGAAAGCAUUGAAAACGUCAAAAGCGCCUCGAAAAAAAAUGCGGUGGCGGAGGGAUUGGACUGACACGCGCGAGCACGCUUUCGGUCGGGCAGCUCUUUAUCCGGAAAAUUGACGCGAAAUUAUACGACUUCCCGGCCACGAGCGGCGGAUAUUAGUCGAUUGUACUGAUCGUGGACGAUCGGCGACGCUGGAAGAUGCUCUACCUCGAGGAUUACGUCGAAAGUGCGUACGAUGAGAGUCGCACUCGAUUCACCAACGGGAUUCUAACCUCGUCGCGCGGAUCUAAAACCGCCUCGAUUCGAAAUCGCGCGAGCCCGCGACGAACGCCAUUUUUGUUUAUAUCUCGAUCCGCGUUUCCUUUUGCAAUCCUUACUUGAGCCGUUCGCGUAUUGUUAUUGUAAAAUGAUGGGAAAUUGAGUUUACUGCUAUCUCGUCGAGAGUGAUUGAACAUCUUCCACAAGAACUGAGGGAUCGAUUUACCGAGAUGAGAGAAAUGGAUCUAGGUGUACAAAAUUCCAUGGAUAGCUUGGAAAAAAAAGUGAAGACAUUGUUUUGCAAUGCCAAGAAGAUGAAGCCCAGCGAAAAAGAAGCAGAAUACGAGGCUAUUAGAAGAGAAUAUUAUAAGACUCUGGAGGAUGCCGAUGAGAAAGUACAUUUAGCUAAUCAGAUGUAUGACUUGGUAGACAGAUAUCUGAGGAGGCUCGAUCAGGAGCUGCACAAGUUUAAGAUGGAACUGGAAGCGGACAAUAAGGGCAUCACCGAAAUUUUGGAGAAGAGAUCCUUGGAAUUGGACCAGCCUCCGACAAAUAGUAGUCAAAAAGAAAAUCGUUACAGUUUUACACCAAGCAGAACGCGGGAUAAUCAUAGUCAUUCUCGAUCAGAAAAGAGGCGAGAUUCCAACGCGUCUUCCACAUCUGUCGAAAAAAGACUGGCAAUUGAGAAACUGCCGGCGACGAGCCUACCAGAGUCGCGACCAGCGUCAGCGAAUUCCGGGCCUAUUAUCGCAACGAGCAAUGUCACACCGACGCCAGCAACUAUUGCUAAUUCCGUGGGAUCGGUAUGCUACAAUCUCGGUCACAUCGGAGCAGGUGGUAAUGCCAUCGCGGCGGCUGCGUCCCAAGCGAUCGCAGCCACACAAUCGAUGCAACAAGGCAGACGUUCGGCCAGUUUGAAGGCAAGUUACGAGGCCAUUAAUACUGGCGGCGUACAUGCAGCAGAAUUCAGCAGAGAGCUAGCCGGCGCAGCGCAAACUGCUAUCGCAGCCAUCCAAGAGACUACAAAGAAACAUAAAAAGAAAGUAACUGCCACUCUGCCGAGUUCAAGCGUGAUCGCAGCCACAGUUCAGCAGCCUGUAUCACCGCCCGUAGUAACGACAACUAUGCAAGUAGUGGAUCCGGACAAUCCGGAAUGGACAUGCGAUCCCAACGAGCCGCGAUAUUGCAUAUGUAAUCAAGUAUCAUACGGCGAUAUGGUAGCUUGCGACAAUUCAGACUGUCCCUUCGAAUGGUUUCAUUACGCUUGCGUGGGCAUUAGCGCACCACCCAAGGGUAAAUGGUACUGUCCCCAGUGCACGUCUUCGAUGAAGAGACGCGGUGGGCGGAAGAACUGAUUAUAUAAGAAGAAAAAGAAGUGGAGGAACAUUGAUCAUGUUGAGAAAGCACUGCUACUACCUCUGUUAGACACUGUCCAUCUUGUAUCGACUUACUUAAGAAGUCGUUAUUAGAAGCUCUUAUUAGGUAUGAGUUUUUCAAUAUGUUACUCUUUACGUCAUCUUUUGACUUUUGGACUUGUUCUUUUUUUGCGAUCGAUCAAACAUACAUCGACACGAUAAAGUUAUAUAUCGAUUAAAGACAUAUAUCGAAAUACAUAUGUCUAAUGAAGAUAUUUUGACUCGAAAAGUGUUUUAAAUAUCUUGUAUGUUUCUGCUUUCUGCUAUUUACCUCGGAGCAGUAAAGAAAGCGGGACGGGACAAACACAAGGUGAUUUUGAAAAUAUGAGAAUCAUUAAAGAUAAUGUAUUUUUUCAACAAGUUUGAAAUAUAUUGUUCUUCGUCGAGAAUUUAAAUUCUAGAGGCACUUAAUUAUCAAAUAUAGCGAAAGUUUUCCGGAAAAUUAGGUUGUAAAUAAAUAAGUAAGUCCAUUUCUUAAGUAACUGUAAAUGGAAUUUCGUUUAAUAGAAAUCUUAUUUGAUAUUCAAAUGCCAGGAUAUUUAAAAUAUUAAAAAUAAAGAAUGUAUUUUUAAGGAAGGAAAAAUUGAAUGAAUUAAAUUCAUCUGAGAAUUUUUCUUGUGAUUUUCUCUUUCAAAGCAACACUGUAUAAGCAAAUUCUGCGAAUAUUAAUUGAAAUAAAAAUACAUAAAAGCAGAAUUGUAGUGAAUUGAUGUAUGAAUAAAAUGAGCCAUGCAAAAACGAAAGUUGCUGCCAAAGUGAA